AUGCUGAGUGACAGGCCUGUGACCGGUGUGGAUGAAGUCACCCAGGCAAACUCCAUUACCGAGCACCAGUCCCACAGCGACUCCUCCUUGGCCACGGGCAGCUCAGAGGGCAGCCUGCAGACCACCCUGGAGGAAAGGCUGAGCUUCAGCAUCUCCCCACCACCGCCGCCACCACCCCCGUCGUCCUCAUCAUCACGGGACCGGGACCCGGCCUCGCCUCGGCCGGUGCUCUGCCCAGUCCCCCUCCCCAUCCCCCCGCCGCCCGCCACCCCUUCCCCCCGCCGGCAGCAGCGGUGCGGGGCCAAACCGUCUGGCGCCAGCGUCCCCCUCCAGGCCACCAGGGGCCACCAGCGGAGCCAGAGCAGUUGUGGGGACUCCAUGGACCCCUCGGACAACGACGACGCUGGCGCGAUGGGUUUGGCCACGAUGGCGGGCACUGACACGGCAGACUGCGGCCAGGCGGGCACCAACAGCGAACACUUGUCGGAGGCACUCAGCAGCCUGUCGCUCUCGUCGCUGCGCUGCUCUGGCUCGCUGGCGCCCCCGCUGGCCAAGAAGUGCAACAGCACAGGGAGCCUGGAACAGGCGGGAGCGCCGUGUCGGCCCGGGGAGGCAAAGACUCCAGGCAGCUGGACGGUAUGGACCCCCAGGGGUACCUGCCUGCCCCAUGGACGGGGGAGGUGGAGGAGAGGGGCACGGCUGGGCAGGGGAGUGACCAGGGGGUGCCACCAGCAGGGUGCUUGGGGGUGAAAGGCAGCAGCCAGACCUUGGACGCCGGCUCUCGGAAGAACAGAUGAAACCUGUCACGUGACCCCCCCCCCUCUCUCCCUCUAUUUCUCUUUGAUCCCCCUUUUCCUCCGCUUGUGCUCCUACUCUAUUCCGGAACGUUCCCGUGAACUUCACCUCCCAACUCUCGUGGCACGUUCCCCUGUGUUUUCCAGUACCAUCUCAGCGAAUGGCCACCAUGCUGCUGCUGCUGCUUCUGCUGCUCACAGACUUGGGAAAUGUUCCAUGGGGCUCACAGGAGUUUCGAACGGAGAAAAGCCAGAACUGCUAGGAGUGAUUUCCCUCCCUCCCUCCCUUCUGUGUUAUGGCUGUAGAGAUCCAUGCGUUCAGUGGAAUUAGCUGGGUUGCAGGAAAUCAAGAUGGCUGUCAUGCUAGUCUCUUUGUAUUUGCGACUAAAAAGGAAAGAGAGAGAAAAACAGUCAGAAAAGUCAUUGCAGCAUCACUAACUGAGUCUGAAUUUUUCAGCAUCAGCCUACAAAUGUGGAGGUUUUAGCUGCAAAGAAGGUGGAGAGGAACUCGUGAGGGUGGUUCUUUGUUUUGUUUUCUCACCGUACACUUUGACACACACACGGAAAAAAAAAACAUUUGUUAAAAAAAAAAAAAACGCAUACGGUCUUUCUGAUGAGAUUUGUACUGUACGUUUUCUAUUACCCACGAUUAGUAGCAACGAAUGACCUUUUCAACACUAUGUCAUCUUUGAGAGGGUGACAAGCAAAUCCUGUUUCCUGUCACCUCCAUUUUAUAUGACCUUGUUAGACUUAUUGUGUGUGUGUGUGUGUGUGUGUGUAUGGGUUGAGGGGGAAAGUGUGCACAAAAGCAUGUCUGAAUUUUGAGAAGUUAUUAAUGUAGGGAAAAAAGACCUGGACCGUAGAUUUAUUAGUGUUGGAGAUUAGAGGGAGGCUUAUGCAGAAUGAACUGAUCAUUCUUGUGACAGUAGAAAAAAAAUCAGUUCUGCUUAGAACAGGCAACCAGCAAUGAACUGCCACAAAAUGGAUCCCCUUCUUUCAGUCCUCCAUGAUGAUGUCUUGUUUCCUUUAUGCGUCUGUGCCUCAAGUUCUGCAUACAAUGCACAUGUAUCUCAUUCAUUCUCUCUAUCUUUCCGUCUCUCCCACACACACACACACACAUGCACACACUCUCAGCAGAGGUUAGUUUCCACUAUAUUGAUUAGUUUGACAAAGCCAAUAUUUCAACCUUUAGCAUAGCUGAUUCUCAGAGAUUCACUGUACCGCUGCAGUUAGAGGGAGAAGAGGAAAAUAUAUUUUGAUUAUGAAAAGCAUUCAUGCAUAGUGUCGUGAUGAUGUGAAGUACUCGUAAUGGUAUAACAAUGAUGGACUCCGUACCGUAGAAUUGAGUGUUUUCAGGAUAUGUGACCAUAUAGUAGCCUACAGUAUAUUGUAGUUCUUCAAGACUCCGCAGAAAACCCUGCGCAGAAAAGGUCUACAUUCAAGCGCUGCAACAAAGUCCAGAACGAGUUGCAUGUUGGCUUUCAUUUAUUUCAUUUCAAAGAAAACAAAUGAUUAAAACGAAAAAACGAAAUUUGGUGUUAGCAAUGUUUUGAACUGUGGUUACAGGAAUAGACACGGUUUUUGGUAGGUUAUGCAGUAGGCAGCACAGCUUUGUACCGCAGGUAGCCUACAAUGUUGGCCUGCUGAAAAAGGACAGGAUUUAUUGGACAAUGCAUCUGAAAAUGCAUCAAUAUCUGGUGAGCAGUUGGACCAGUGUGUCAGCAGUAUUUAGUUCACCGGGAUAAGUAGCUGUUUCUCUCACGCCGUUUGACAAGCCUCCCCUUCUUCUCUGCCAUGCGAACAUAAAGAGCGUGUCAACUCUGGUGAGGGUUUAACGUUUAAUCCAAUUCCCAUGCCGCCAUCUAAAGAGAGCAAUGGUAGGCGGAUUUGAAGCGACGGUAAGCUUGACGGGCUUGGCGCUGUUUGUGACGAUCUGUCACAAACGUUUCACACCACCAUCACCCAUACCCAAUAAAAAAAAAAAAUGAGAUGCGUUAUUCUUCCACACGAGAGGGGUGAAGUGUGAUCUCCUUAGCUUGCGUAAUUCCUUCUUGAGUAACCCGCUGCUUUUGUCGCGGGUGCCUUUGUUGAUAUUGGCUUUUGUUGUAGUUCAACCUGGUGCACUUUAUGGUGGAGCUGUUUUCUCAUUUCAAACAUCACUGAUGAUUUAAGAUGGGGCGAGUUGGUGGCGGCCUCCACAUGUUCGAUUCUGAUGUGGAGAGAGAGGGAGGGGAGUUUUGAGAUGUUAUGUUUCUAAGGAGGCAGAUUAAGAUGCAACGAAUCGGAGUACUUUGAUGCAGAUGCCAAGCGUUCUCUUCCAAGGCAAGACAAUCUGCCAAGUUCGAUCUGAUAAACAUGUCUAAAUGUAUGUGUGUGUGUGUGUCUGUGUGUGUGCAUGUGCUGACUACAUGGUUGAUCUUUCCAGAAUGUUCUAAUGCAGUGUUUCUCAAAGUGUGGUCCGGGGACCACUGGUGGUCCGCAAGCUAUCCUAAGUGGUCCGUGAGCAGACAUGGUAAAAUAUAUGAUAGGCCUAUAGAUGAG